GCUCCACAGUCAUGACAGCCCUCACUGUCAGUACAAGCAGGGGGACAAAAAGGCAGAGGACAGUCCUGCUGAAAAGAUCUUGAGGAUACUGGUGGAUGGCAGGUUGGACAUGAGUCAGCACUGUGCCUUCACAGCCUAGAGUGCCAACCAUGUUCUGGACUGCAUCAAAAGAAUUGUGGCUGGGGGGUUGAGCAGGGUGAUCCUGCCUCUCUAGUCUGUGCUGGUGAGGCCUCACCUCUGUGUCCAGAUAUGGAGUCCUCACUACAGGAGAAACGUGAACCUGCUGGAGUGCAUCCAGACCGGGUCACAAAUGUGAUCCCUUAUGAGGAAGGGCUGAAAGACCUAAGGCUGUUCAGCUUGUGGAAGAGAAGGCUCUGGGGAGACCUGAUGGUGUCCUUUUGGUAUCUAAAGGGGGGCUGUGAGUAAGAAGGGGGCAUAGACUUUAGCACGGUCUGUGGUGAUAAGACAAGGGGAAAUGGUUUCAAACUUGAAUGGCAGAGAUUUAGACUGGACAUAAGGAACAAGAUUUCCACAGUGAGGGUAGUGAAGCACUGGAACAGGUUGCACAGAGAAGUGGUAGAUGCCUUAUGUUUGGAGACAUUAAGGUCAGGCUGGACCAGGCUCUGAGCAAUGUGACCUAGCUGUAGAUGUCUGCUCAUUGCAGGGGAGUUGGACUAGAUGAUCUUUGAAGGUCCCUUCCAACUAAAGAGUUAUAUGAUUUGAAUGGCUGCAUAGCUAAUAAGCUGUUAGCACUAUGUGGGCAUGCUUUUGUGCAUACAGACAAGGAGGCAGUAAAAAAAGUGACCAUAAAUGUAAUUUAUUUUUGCCACAGUUUGGAUAAUUAAAAAGCUAUUAGUCAUUGCUUAUUGAAGGUGCCAGGAAAUUUUCAUUUGUUGCCCAUGUAUUUUGUGUUAACAACAUAACAAAUCCUAUUGUGUUAGAGCAUGCAGCUAUAAGUAGUGAUGAAGAACAAAUGACAUCAGUGCACAGUGGACUAAGUGAAAAGGCAGGGUGAAACUAACUUCUGAGGCAAGUACUAAGGAAAAGUUUGUCAUCUGAAAAACUGAUUUGAGCUCUGUCUGUUUCAGAAAUCACGUUUUAAGGCCUGUGGGGAUCAGUUCACAAAAGCUUUGAAGGUAAGUGCUAGGUAAAUUAAGAAGUAAAUCCAGGUUCAGUAAUCCAUAUUCAGUCAGAUAAAUUGUAAAGAGCAACUUCAGACUUUGUGGCUUAGAUGUGAUGGCAAGGGAUAAUUGGGAUGAAUUUCUGUGAUAGAAAACUAUUUCUUACAGGACUAUUUCUCACAACACGUGACCAAAUGGUAUGUGAAUUGUACGUAACUAUGAGUGUCUCUGUGAAAGAGAAAAUGAAUCUGAUAACAAGGAGCUGGAACUGAUGCAUGAUGAGUUGAUACUGUGAGGUGUUUGUUUGUGGUGAAAGGAUCUGUAAAAAGGGAAAAAGUAUGAUGCUGUACUAAAGGAUAACUUAGAGAGAGAGUAAAUAAACUGUUUAAAAAUAAAUUUGCUCAAUUGAGAAGUAAUAAAUAAAACAGUGCAAGCAUCUCCUUUGCCUUUUUAUUAUUAGGAAAGCAGCAGAAAUGAAGCUAAGAGAAGAAUAGGUGUUUUAUUCAUGCUGUAGUAAAAAAUAAAAUGAUCAAGAUUUGGUUGAAAGCAUUACUCACUUGCGAGGGUAUAAGAGUGAAUGUCUAAAAAUGAGGUGCUUAGCAAAAAUUGUGAAUAUCCAGGAGAAUUUGGAAUGGAAAUGUCUGUGACAACUAUAAAAUUUCUCACCACUGUCCAUCUAGAAUGGCUGGACUGGAGGCAGUGGAACUUCUGCUGUUUCAGUCUUUCUGGUAUGGAAAUAAAGCUAUUUGGGAAUGUGAGAUAGGGGUGGAAGUGGAAGUGAGAAUACAUGUUGCCUCUUCCAUCACCUUAUCCCCAUUUGUUGCUACGAUUUUGCGCUCAGGAAUGCUCCUGUGUUCUCGUUUCUCAUUCUUUGCUUUCUUCUUUUUCGUCUCAUUCAGUGGAACGUACUUGAGCUGAGGAGGCACUGUUCUAUUGUCUUUUUUUUCUGUGUGUGAAAAAACAGAAGUCUGAAAAUCUUAACAGAUUUACAUGUAAAGAAUAGUGAGGACAUUCUAUGCUGUUCUGAAUACAGAAUUAAAGCAAACCUUCCUAACUUAGAUUCCAAAAGGCUGUUGUGAGACUACAUCUUCAGUUUUUAGGCACCUUAUUAACUACAUAUUUAUAGUAUUUUAUGACAAUAUGACAAGCAGCACAAUAUAUAAGUAUUCUGAAAUAGCAACCAGUUAAAACUUGCUUGAUGUUUAUACAUACAUUAUAGAAGUUCUUUUUUUUACUCUUCUGGACUAGUGAAUUCUGUGACCCCAAUUUUCUUUUGCUGUAACAAAUUGUAAAUUGCCUUAAAUUAAGUGUGAAUGCAGAGCAUACAUAAAACAGAUGCAGUAGUAGAAGCGUGAGAUCCUUACAUACGUAUUACAGAAAGGGAUAUUCAGUUGAUUUCUUUUUUAUUUUUGUUUUUUGACUGAACAUUGUUUUUAUAUAAAUAUAAUGGAUAGUAAAAUUUCAUGGGUUUUGAGGAAACUGACUUUUUUUGUACUGUGAUUCCUGGAGAAUGCAGUUCAACAAGAGUAUCUCCUAUUUUUAGAUGACAACAUUUACCCAGCAGCAGAAGAGGUGAUAGUUCCUGAUGUUUGCUGACCCUUUCACUGGCUUUUCUUUUGUCAUCUGGCUCUUCCCUGUGCAUAUAUGCCUUAGAUGGAAUGUGUGAGUACUGUCUGAAAGGAGAAUCCAUAGUGCUUUUGUUAUAUAAGGACAGUUACGUUUUCCAUAGAACUAUUAUGUGUCAAGGUAUAUUCUCUCUCUCUCUCUCUCUCUCAAAAAAAAAAAAAAAAAAAAAAAAAAGGAUAAUGUGUUCCCUUUUUCAGCUUAAAUAACACAUAUGUUGUCAUAAAUACACAUAUAUAUAUUUCUAGCUGCUUCUCAUGGUAAAUACCCGUGUAUGAACAGACACUGGAUUGAGCUAUGCACACUGUGUACAUGAAAAAACAGCAUCUGCAGUAACUGCUUGUAACAGAAGGACUUACGCUCCCUGAUAGAAGUUGCUGGAAUGUAAAACAAGAAGCACUUAAGAUUCAUAUUGGGUAGGUAUAUUUAUUAUUAUGAAGAGCUUCUUUAAGCAUUGUACUUAAGUGCAGAAAAAUUCAGCUUUAUGUGCACUACAACACCAUAGAAAUCUAUUCAUUUAUAAUAAUACUCUUGUUUCAGACAGUAUCUUACCACUUUAGAGAGAUCAGUUGAUGCACAGUGCUGACUUCUGAUACAAGAGUGCCAUAAUGAGGCCCACGUGGAAUUAAAUCUGGCAAGGGAUAUUAAGGGCAACAAGAAGGCCUUCUUUAAACCGACUCUACAAUCAAGGUCCAGAUGCCUUUCUUUGAGUAGCCUCCCAAUGACCUCAACAAAUAUAUCAAGAAAUGGCAUUACUCACUGGGAAUGCAGAUCGUGCGUUCAGCUCCUACUCCUUCAAUAAGUUGGAAAACUUGUGUGAAGUGCAAACCAAGAAGGGAUUUUUCUACAGAAAGGCCAAACUUUUGCACCCCGAUGAAGACUUGUGCUACUUAGCACGCCUGGAUGACCGGACCAGGUUUGUGAUCAUCAAUGUAGGCGGUAUUAAAUACAAAGUUCCGUGGACCACCUUGGAGAACUGCCCUUUGACCAGGCUUGGGAAGCUAAAGUCUUGCAACAAUUACGAUGAGAUCAUGAACAUCUGUGAUGACUAUGAUGUUAGCUGCAAUGAAUUUUUUUUUGACCGUAAUCCUAGUGCCUUCAGGACAAUCAUGACUUUCUUGACAGCUGGGAAGCUGAGACUUCUCAGGGAGAUGUGUGCUCUUUCUUUUCAGGAGGAGCUUGUGUACUGGGGAAUAGAAGAGGACCACCUGGAGUGGUGCUGUAAAAAGAGAUUGCAACAGAAAGAGGAGGAGGCAGCUGAAGCCAGGAUGUAUGAAGGGGAGAUGAUGUUUAGUGAAACUACUCAAUGUGCCUUCCAGGACAAUAACUGGUUGAGUUUGUGCAUGAGAAAUCUCAGGGAUAUGGUGGAGAACCCCCACUCAGGGAUUCCAGGGAAGAUCUUUGCUUGUAUUUCAAUCUCUUUUGUUGCCAUCACUGCAGUCAGCCUCUGUAUCAGCACCAUGCCAGAUGUCAGAGAAGAAGAAGAUCGGGGUGAAUGUUCACAGAAAUGCUACGACAUCUUUGUGCUGGAGACAGUGUGCGUGGCUUGGUUUUCAUUUGAGUUUCUCCUGCGGUCCAUCCAGGCAGAGAACAAGUGUGCUUUCCUGAAAACCCCGCUCAACAUCAUCGACAUCCUGGCCAUCUUGCCUUUCUAUAUCUCUCUCAUUGUGGAUAUGGCCUCCACAAAAAACAGCAGCAAGCCUGGUGGGGGAGCAGGGAACAAGUACCUGGAACGAGUGGGCCUGGUGCUGCGCUUCCUGCGGGCCCUGCGCAUCUUGUAUGUGAUGAGACUGGCGAGGCACUCGCUGGGGCUGCAGACUCUGGGGCUCACUGUGCGCCGCUGCACCAGAGAGUUUGGGCUCCUCCUGCUCUUCCUUUGCGUUGCCAUGGCCCUCUUCUCACCGCUGGUGUAUUUGGCUGAGAGUGAACUGGGAGCCAAGCAAGAAUUCACAAGCAUCCCUACCAGCUAUUGGUGGGCUGUGAUCUCCAUGACCACCGUUGGCUAUGGGGACAUGGUGCCUCGUAGCAUCCCUGGACAGGUGGUAGCCCUGAGCAGUAUCUUGAGCGGAAUUUUAUUGAUGGCCUUCCCAGUCACUUCCAUCUUCCAUACCUUUUCCCGUUCCUACAGUGAGCUAAAAGAGCAGCAGCAGCGAGCAGCAAGCAGGCAAAUGCACCAGCUGGAAGAAAGCACGAAACUCGCAGGUGGUGGCAGUUCCCAGUGGAUCACUGCUGCAUCCCCUCCAGAUGCUGCCAGGGAGGAUGGCCGGCCAGAGCUGGACCAGGAAGCCAAGAGAAGUUGUUGACUCUCCAUAGCUAAAGCAGUGAGUUGGCAGCACAAGAAGCAGUGGACAUGAGGGGAAGGAUUGAUCUGCAAGAAGAACCCCCCAAACUGCAUAUAUUAGGGACAGACACACACGAGAUUGUCCUUUAAGAGCAACUUUCGAUCUUAAGGGCUCACUGAAGAGUGUCCCUAGAAACUCUACCAAGUACAGCUUCGCUCCAUUGCUAACUGUAGGGCAGCUCUUUUCUCCUGAGCACCUGUUUUUGUGAGCCCCUGGGAGCAGCCAGCCAGGAGGCCGUAAGGAAGCACAGUGUGGCCGGGUGCUGCUGCUGGGGCAGUGAGCGUGCCAUGUCCUCCCAGCUUCACCACUGCCUGUGACGCUCCUCCCGUGCACCCCACACCCUGAAAGUCUGUUCCAGCAGCCCUGCCAAGGAACGCAAGGAACGCAAACCUGAGACAACCAAAACGAUGAGUAGAUGAGAAGGACAGAAGAAUCCCAGAAGAAUGACAGAAGAAAGCUUUCCAAGGGGCUUGGUUUGCUCUGUCUUAGAAAUCUGCACAAUGGUCUGGGCUGCCAGCCGCCAGCUCCAACUAGUGCUGUUGCUCAGUAUGCAUUAUUUAGUAAAUAUGCGUAUUUACCACAGUAAGCUUUGUGUCUUAGCCCCAUGACAGAAAUAUACAUAGACAAUCUUCCUGACUAUGGUACUGAAUGUUAAAUUAUUGGGUUCUUUUUCUUUGCUCACUGUAGAAUAUAACAAAUACCUUUAGUAAUCACAUCUCUCCACCUUCUUUUAAUUGUUUCCAUCUCAAAAACAUAUUUAACGGAUGAAUAAGCCUCAAAUAUAUGCAGCCCAAGAAGGGGAGGGCAGCACUAAGUCAGCAGUGGCUUCCAGCUCUGCAUGAUCUGCCCUGGCGGUGCUGUCAGGGAUUGCAGCCGUGUCCAAACAGGUGGUCCAGGAUGCAAGAAGUCAGCAUAACUCCUUCAGUGGGCUCUGGCCCGAGCUGCAGCGCAACAGCUGAGACCUGCAUUAGUUGUUCUUUUCUCCUACUAAGAAAAAGACAUUCCUCUCGUCUAAAAAUCAGAAUUAUUAUUCUGGCUGUUCCUCUCAAUUUUGCAUAAAAAUGCAGUCACUGGAAAGACGGAUCAUAUGGUGGUAUCCACGUUUGCUUAUUGAUGCCAUUCCCGUGAGUUCUGCAGUACUCCAUUGUGCAGUUUCACGCUCAGAGGAGCUGUGCAGCUGGCCUGUGUAUGGCAGCACACUGCAUGCAUCUCAAAGGACUCCUACUUUCAGGGAGUAGGAGAUGGAGCACAGUUGCCUCCUGUGCCUACACCUCUGUUAGUAUUAGCAGAGCUGUAGGACCAACCAUGGUGUCACCUUCCUGUUUGCCUCUUGCCAGGAAGGGAGCAAGAGCAGCUGUAUUAUAGGUGGGAUUUGUUGGGUUUUAUCAGCUUAUAUUAUAACACCUAUCCUACACUAGCAGACUUCUGUAUUGAGCUGUUCCUUACAGGAAUGGAGCAAGGGAAAAUAAGUGUGACACUUUAUUUUAAUAAAAAUUGGAACCUUUGUUGCCGAA